UCUCUCUCUCUCUCUCUCUCUCUCUCUCUCUCUCUCUCUCUCUCUCUCUCUCUCUCUCCAUCACUUCUUCCCAUAUUUUCUUCCAGUACUGCAGAGUGAACCCGCCGCUGCUGCAUUGAAGGGAGAGAUACAGAAGAAACGCCAGUGAGAUGGACGAGCUCUCGUGAAAACUGGACUCGUUGCUUUUUCUCCAGAGUGAAUGAAGCUGUCGAUCUGAAAGAAUCACCCACCAUCAUCUCCUGUUUGCUGCUGUCUGACGCCAAACUACCCAUAAAAGAAAUCUGCAGCAAAGUUUAACUGGAUCUCUAAGACUCUAAUUUGAUUCCUGGUUGGUGCAGAAAAGAAAUUUAUCGCAACAAUCAAAGACAAUAUUAGAAAUUCCCAUAAAUCUCUUGUACACUGUUGGCAAAAAUGGAGGACCCAUACCGGGACCAAAUGUCUUUGGCCAAAGGUGCUCGUGACAUCGCCAAAGAAGCAAAACGCCAUGCCGUCAAAAAGGUAAACAAAGUCGUGGAUCGCGCCUCAGAUGAAUAUGCAGGCCGCAAUUACAGUCGCUUCGAAAACAACGAAGAUGAAGGCGGUGAUGACAAUUAUUACUACCAUCAGGAUGGUCAGGCUCAACGAGACGAUGAUGAGGGUUCAAGCGAUGCCACCGAAGGCCACGACGACGAGGACGAAAUCUACGAGGGCGAGUACCAGGGUGUGCCCACAGGGGCUGCAGAUGGGCAUGUUCAGGUGGCGAUCGGUCAGCCGGUGGCAGAUGGAAUGAAGGACAAACGAGAGUUGGAGAAAGAGAGAGAGGCGGAUGAGGAAGAGCUGGCACAGCAGUAUGAACUGAUCAUUCAGGAAUGCGGCCACGGACGCUUCCAGUGGCAGCUGUUCUUCGUAUUGGGAUUGGCGCUUAUGUCUGAUGGCGUGGAGGUGUUCGUCGUGGGGUUUGUUCUGCCCAGCGCUGAAACCGAUAUGUGUGUGCCAAACUCAGGUGCAGGAUGGCUGGGCAGUGUGGUGUAUUUGGGAAUGAUGGUGGGCGCAUUCUUCUGGGGCGGUCUGUCAGAUAAAGUGGGCCGCAGGCAGUGUCUGCUGGUGUGUAUGUCGGUAAAUGGGUUCUUUGCGUUCCUGUCGUCCUUCGUUCAGGGCUACGGCACCUUCCUCUUCUGCAGGAUGCUCUCGGGGUUUGGGAUUGGCGGAGCGGUUCCCAUCGUGUUCUCGUACUUCGCCGAGUUCCUGGCGCGAGAGAAGCGCGGUGAGCACUUGAGUUGGCUCUGCAUGUUCUGGAUGGUGGGCGGGAUCUACGCCUCUGCCAUGGCCUGGGCCAUCAUACCACACUAUGGCUGGAGUUUCAGUAUGGGUUCAGCGUAUCAGUUUCAUAGUUGGCGUGUGUUUGUGGUGGUCUGCGCGCUGCCAUGCGUCUCAGCAGUCGUGGCACUCACGUUCAUGCCAGAGAGUCCACGAUUCUACCUAGAGAUGGGGAAACAUGACGAGGCGUGGAUGGUUCUUAAACAGAUUCAUGACACCAACAUGCGUGCUCGUGGAGAACCAGAGAAAGUAUUUACAGUGAACCGUAUAAAGAUCCCCAAACACCUGGAUGAGCUGGUGGAGAUGCAGUCAGAGUCGGCAAACCCUGCGGCCAAAGUGUUAUUCAGAAUCCAAAAUGAACUGCAUGGAAUUUGGCGUACGUUCCUGAAGUGUUGGGAUUACCCCGUCAAGGACAACACUGUGAAGCUGGCCGUGGUUUGGUUCUCGCUGUCGUUCGGGUAUUACGGUCUUUCUGUCUGGUUCCCUGACGUCAUAAAGCACCUGCAGGCGGAUGAAUACGCGUCCCGUGUGAAGAUGCACAAUAACGAGAGGAUUGAAGAUUUCACCUUUAAUUUCACUCUGGAGAACCAGAUACAUUAUAACGGAGUCUUCAUCAACGACAGAUUUGUUAGCAUGAAGUUUAAAUCCGUGACUUUCAUCGACUCCACAUUUCAGAGCUGUUAUUUUGAGGACGUGAGCUCCAUUGGCUCGUACUUCAAGAACUGCACCAUCAUAGAAGCUUUCUUCUAUAAUACAGAUAUUGACGACUCAAAAUUCAUCGGUUCUUCUGUGAUCAACUCCACAUUUGCGCUCAAUAAGACAGGAUGUCAGAUGACAUUUGAGGACGACUACAGUGCGUAUUGGGUGUAUUUCAUAAACUUCCUUGGAACAUUAGCCGUGUUGCCAGGCAACAUAGUCUCCGCCCUCCUGAUGGAUAAAGUUGGCCGUUUGAGCAUGUUAGGUGGCUCUAUGGUGUUGUCAGGCAUCAGUUGUUUCUUUCUGUGGUUCGGUACGAGUGAAUCGAUGAUGAUUGCGAUGCUCUGCCUUUAUAAUGGACUCAGUAUCUCUGCCUGGAACUCACUAGAUGUGGUGACGGCCGAACUGUAUCCCACUGACAGGAGGGGAACUGGCUUUGGGUUUUGUAAUGCCAUGUGUAAGCUGGCCGCAGUAUUGGGGAAUCUAAUAUUUGGUUCAUUGGUCGGAAUCAGUAAAUCUAUUCCGAUCCUGCUGGCGUCAUCUGUACUGGUCUGUGGAGGUCUGGUAGGCUUACGGCUACCCGACACCCGCGGCAAUGUCCUCAUGUGACCCUACUCUACGGUGACCUCUGAACCCUGAGUUGCCACGGAAACACGCAGGACACGCUCAGGGUGACAGUGGAGGUGACUACAACGUGACAUUAUAUGUUAGGUUUAUUUAUUCAUGUAAAACUUUUGUGAAAAUUUUGUUGUUAAUUUAUUGACAAUUAUUUAUUGCUGUUUUGCACUUUUGGCUUGCCCAGUGCCCAGUUUAGACCAAAACAAGAUUUUUAUGCCUUAGCUAUGGUAAAUCAAAUGUUAUGAUUUUUGUUUUGCCAAAAUAAAAUGUAAAAUACAAACAACAGUGAGUUUUUGACCUAAUCUGGGCAGGCAGAUUAUUAUAAUUAUUAUUAUUAUUAUUAUUACGUCUUUAAACAUUUGGAGACUUUAAUUCAACACACAAAAAAAAAAAAAAAAAAAUUCAGGUGGUUUUAUUGUUUUUUAAUUUUAUUUAUUUAUUUAUUUAUUUUACAUUCCAGAAACGCUUUUUGUUUCCUUGAAAUUAUGAUGCUUUUACACUCAAACGCGAGUAAAAAAAAGGCCAUUUAGAAAUUAGCGAUAACCGCUUUUAUUGUUAGUCUUGUCGAAUUCGUUGGUGGCUUCCACCAAAACAUUUCUUUAAUAACGAACGAUAACAAUUAUACAGUUUACAUUUUCAGCUUUUUAUAAUAAUAAUGAUACGUCAAAACGCACUCUGAUCGCCGCCAUAAGGACACGCUUCAGACUUCAUUCUUGCCUUCGUGAACUUUGUCGUCAGUGUAGCUGAAAUGAACUUCAGUUGCUGUCUUGGUCUUUUUUCACUGGGUUAAAGGUGUCCUAAACUCGUUCUGACUUUAACCCUAGCUGCUUCCUCAGAAAACUGAAUGGCCUUUGCUUACUAUCCGUGCCUCCUUCCUCUAAAAUUCCUCCAUCGGUCUCCUGUCAGCCUCUUGUAGGUUGUAGUAAUACAUCAUACGGCAUAACCGAGAGUUUGUGUUUGUGAAGCUUUUCCUGAAAAGCUACUACUGCUCAAUCCAACAGCUCUGUUUAGCAAUAUAUGUCGUGUUUUUAAAAAUAUUGCCUUCUCAUCACAUUUCACAACAUUUUGAAGGUUGGUAAAUCUAAUUGUGCAAUAUCGCAGGAAUAUGCACGAUCACGGCCACAUAAUACAAAAUAAAAGCCAUUUAGCCUGGUCUGAUUGUACUGACAAACAGGCCCUGUUGCUGCUGUCUACAUGCACUGAAGUACACUAAGGCCAGAAACAUACUCUACGCAAGUAUGCAGAUGUGAAUGUUUGGCCAUUGUAAACGCAUGGUCACGUUGAACAUUCUUAACAUGUCGCUGUAAAAAACCGUCAGUACUCAAGGGGGCGAUAAAGUAACCUUUACAUUUCUGUGCGAUAAUCACACGUUGUCGACACAUGCCGACAAUUUAACUAAUUUUAACUUGCUCCGCAAGAUUCUCUUAAAACUUUUGCUUUAAGAUGACCGACUGUAGAUGACCUCAAAGAACAAACUGACCAUAGAAGAAGACAGUUUAUGCUAAUGCACACUAUAGCGCCCCUUGUGGCAAUGCUGAGAAUGCAAUGUGUAUUUGUUUCAUCUCAGAACGCAACGACGUGUGAAAUUGAGCUCGAGUAACUACAAAUGUUUGCGUUCGUGUACUUGCGUAGAGAACGUUUCGGGCUUUAUAAUCGUAUAUAAUUUUAUUUUGUUGUGUGUAUGCCAGGAAAGUAAAGAUAUAAACAUUUGUUUGGAAUUUGUCGUGGGGAACAACAUUGCUAAAUGUGUAUAAAUGUCUGCCUGAUAAGUUAAAAAAUAUGAAAAACAUUAUUUUUUCAUUGUCACAUGCAAAUGUCUCUUCAUAUGUAGGUGUAGAUAUCUUAUAUUUACUGAAAAGAGUAACUCAUUUAUGUCUAUAGAUGUUUAUUUUGGCUUGUUGUGAGAUUUUGGGGUGUUAUUUGAGUUAUAUAAAAGAUGAUUUAGUUGUUUUCUACAUUAGGUCCACAAUUUCGAACAAAUUGAUUUCGUUGCUCAAGAAUUUGAGGGAUGAAUUUGAUGAAGGGUUUGAGGUUUAGAAUUGUCUGAACUUAUUUUGAAUUUGAAUUAUUUUCCUUUCAGUCUCAUUUCUCAGCUGAACAAACUCAAAAAGUGGCCUAAAUGAAAAAUAAAACACAAACAAGCUAAUAAUAUGUACGAUGAUAGAACACACCCCUGCAUGAGCGUAUUGAAACUUUGUGUUGCAGUGCUUUGUCUGUUGUGCUCUUGAAGAGUUUGAUUUGUUUAUUUAUUGUUGGAAAGAUGAAUGUAUCAUUAUUGUGAGUGUGUGAUGUCGUUCUGAAAUGGGUUUUGAUUGGUUGUGGAUCUGGCAUGCAAACGACACGUCUGCCCUGUCAAAUUCAUUUUGUCAAAGUGUCUGUGGCGUCACUGGCCAAAUAUCUCUCCAUGAUUUUAUUUUGAAAAGAGAGAGAACAUGCCAUGUAUAAUGUAAAGAGAACUAAAGUGGAUUCGGUUUGGAUCCAGAUGUACCACUAUUAAAGAGUUUCAUUCUCUAAAAC